UGCUACUGAACUACUGAAAUUCACACCUUUAGAACCCUUCAAUACCAUAUAUCUGUUCUCAAAAUUCUCUUGCUCCUUAAAAUGGAGGCUGCAUACAGAAAGGGUACCAGAGGGUCCUUUAAAGGAAAAUUGGUGCCUUUCUACAGAAACAAUGCGCCAAAACCUUCCUCAACCAUGCAAUACAAAGCCACAGAUAUUAAGCCAAAUCACUAUUCUUCUCCUCCUCCCACUCUAGGGUUCGUGGUGCCUCAGGACUAUUCCACCACAAAGAGAGAUCCAAAGGUUCGCAUUAAGGUAGCAGAUAGUUGGAGCAAUUUGGAAGAGUUAUACGGUUUUCCUGGAGAUGAAAGUGUCGACAAAAAGGCUGAAAUAUACAUCGCUAUGGUUCAAAAACGUUUAAUGCUUGAGCGAUUGAACGCAUAAGCAAAUACGUUUUAAGACAUCAAAUGAUCAACCACCAUAUAUAUAUAUAUAU